AUGGUGCACGCGCUUCUGGUCGCCGGAGCGGAUGCCAAUGCUAAGAACCUCUCAGGUUGGACGCCGCUCCAUUACGGCGGCUGGAAGAACCACCUCCACCUUGUACAACUUCUACUAACCUAUGGAGCUGACGUGAACAUGUGCGAUGUAGACAACCACUCUCCCAUGUACAAUUGCGCUGUCAAAUACAUGGACGAGGCUGCGCGAAUAUUACUCAGCCAUGGAGCAAGCCUUGACAUACCCGACAAAGAAGGUCGUCUAGUCUGGGAAUACGCCAUGAUGUCGGCUUCCGCCCGGGUAUUAAAAGUCUUCGCUGUUCAUGGC